GCAGACAGGGGGGAUCUUACAAGGCAUUAAUAAAGAUAAGAUGGCUCCUGUUUUGGUGUUGCUCAUGGCAGUGCUGGUUUCCGGAGACGUAAACUGUCCCGACGGAGGAACCUGCUCAGAUGGUGAAACCUGCUGUGAACAAGAAAGUGGACACAGCUGUUGUGCGUAUCCCAAUGCUGUCUGUUGUCCAGGAGAGACCCAUUGCUGUCCAGAAGGGUUCAGCUGUAAUGCACAGAAUCACUCGUGCGACAGGGUGGACAAAGUUCCUGGAACUGAGGUCCUGGAAAGGAAGGCCAAAUUUUAUUGUCCUGGUCAAUACUGUCAGGAUGGUAGCUACUGCUGUGCUGGUACAACGUGCUGCCUGAUUGGGCCAUAUUGGAGCUGCUGCUACCAUUCAUUUGCUGCCAAGAAGGCACUGCAGCCUCGCCUUGCCACUGGAGCACAUGCGCGGCCUCGCCCACCCCCCUACUUAUGUCCCAAUGGCAGACUCUGUAAUUUUGGUUCACAUUGCUGCUUUACAGAUCAGGGUUGGUCUUGCUGUUCAACGUAUGUACCUUAUGAACAAGAAAGGGCAGCCUCUGUCAGCUUACAGAAAACAUCCUCAAAAAUCAUCGCGGAGUACUGUCCUGAUGGUUCUUACUGUUCACCUGGUAGAACGUGCUGCAUGACGCAAUGUGGAUGGACUUGUUGUAUACCACAGAGAUUUACACAUCUGGCGUCUCGAGAUGCGCACAUUUCUGUAACCAUUCCAGCUAAUCCUGUGAAACCCUCUGUGGCUGUCGUAACCUGUGAUGCACACAGAAGCUGCCUUAGUGGCCAAACAUGCUGCAAACAUCCUAAAGGCACCUUUUCAUGCUGCCCAUUUCCUGAGGGAGAAUGCUGUCAUGAUGGAUUCAGCUGCUGUAAUCGAGCUUCUGGAUGGUCCUGUGGUCUCAAUGACACAUGCGUCUUUAACGGAAUGGUGAUUCCGGAAAAACCCCAACCUAAGGAGUGAUGGACUGACCAGUGAUGGACAGUCCUUGUACAACGGCCCUGCUCUGACUGAGUCCUGCUGCUCUUGGACCUUCCUGAUGAUCUAUAAUGAUUUGCGAUGGCUUCCGUCUAUAUACACACAAAUAAUCUCCUGGGUUAUUUCAUAGCCGUUAUGUUCCUGUGACUUCAUUUAGUCAGCUGUGAGCAGCGAUGGAGUAACUCUGCUGAAAAUGUCAAACGCAUGUUGUUCCAAUAAAUUCGCAUUGCAAAUA